AUGAUGGCUAAACAAGCUGUUGCUUCAACAUCAUGCAGCGUUAUCGCUCCUAGAAAGAAGUCAAUGGAUGGAAGAAAUAGGGCCUGUGUCUCUAAACUUGUUACUUGCUUACCGAGAGAAUCAUCUAUAGAGAACCACGAAAUACCACUGAGGAUCCUGUUCUGGUAUGAAGAUCCAUCGUCUUUGAAAGAAGAUGUUUCCAGAAUCUUGAAAUAUGUGGUAGAGAGGCCUUUCCUUUGUCUAAACAAGGAGCUCUUCGAGAGGGCAGAGUGGCGCGACAUCGUGAUCUGCUUAGCGUUUCCACCUUCAAUGUUUAUCAACACUAGAGCCCUCUUCCAUAAGUGGCUUUUGCUUACCUUUCCAUCUAUAUUGCUUUCUGACGCAGUUUCGUUCUUGACACCAGGGGACUUGCUUCGGUCCAUGAGUUUCUUGCCGGUUUGA